AUGAAAAAUCCACCCAAAACUCGCCCAACCAUUGACAGUGAAAAGAACUCUCGCCCCAAUCAAAAUUCUGCUCGAGGAUUCGAAGUGAUCGACGAAAUUAAGGCUGAGGUCGACAAGAUUUGUGGACGCCCGGUGGUUUCUUGUGCUGAUAUAGUAGCUGUUGCAGCUCGAGAUUCUGUAGUUGCAGCUCGAGAUUCUGUAGUUGCACUUGGAGGGCCGUCAUGGAAAGUGCUACUUGGUCGGAGAGAUUCGACGACAGCGAGUCGAACGCAAGCCGAUACUUACCUCCCGGCUCCAUUCAUGGAUCUUCCUGCAUUAAUUAACAAUUUCAAGAAUCAAGGUCUAAACGAGAGAGAUCUGGUAGCUCUCUCCGGUGGGCAUACCAUUGGUUUUGCACAAUGUUUUACCUUUAGAAACCGAAUUUAUAAUGCAACGAACAUCGACCCUGUGUUUGCGGAAAAUAGAAGAGCGACCUGUCCACGCACUGGAGGAGACACUAAUCUUGCUCCUUUAGACCCAACGCCUGCACGCUUUGACAAUGCGUAUUUCAACAACCUCGUGAAGCAAAGGGGUUUACUCAUUUCGGAUCAAGCGCUUUUCAGUGGUGGCUCUACUGACGAUCUCGUCAGUACUUAAAGAUUGUACCCUCACGUGUUUUGGAAUGAUUUUGCAAAGUCCAUGAUUAAGAUGGGAAACUUGAAGCCUUUGACUGGAAACCAGGGACAAAUUCGCACCAACUGCAGAACGGUGAAUUAUUAAAUACUAAGUAAUUGUUUCAUGAAAUUAUUUUGAUAAAAUUUGUUCCAAUUGCUUUGAAAUAAGCCAUUUUUUAUUCCUCCUGUUUGAAUAUUUUUUUAAUGAAAUGUGUGUACUAUUUUGA